AAAUAUAUCAUAAGGCAGUAAUGGGACAUACGUGCAAAUAAGGUCUUGGUUCCAAUUUGUAAGGAGAGAGUCAGAGAACAGCCCAUGGAGAUUCCUUCUCUGUUUUUCUUCCUCCUCGUCCUCUGCCUCUCUCUUGUCUCUGCAGCAUUCUCAUCCAACGAAUCACAGAAUUUCAUCGUCCACGUGUCUAAAUCUCAUAAACCCACCGCCUUCGCCUCCCACCACCAAUGGUACGCGUCCAUCGUGCAAUCACUCACCUCCUCAACACAGCCCUCCAGGAUUCUCUACAGCUACGAACAUGCCGCCACUGGCUUCUCCGCUAGGCUCACCGCCGGUCAGGCGUCGGAGCUCCGUCGCAUCCCUGGUGUCCUGUCCGUGUGGCCGGAACAGGUCCACGAGGUUCACACCACUCACACUCCUCACUUCCUUGGCCUGGCGAACGACUCUGGCCUUUGGCCAAACUCUGAUUAUGCUGAUGAUGUGAUUAUUGGAGUUCUGGACACUGGAAUAUGGCCGGAGCUACGGAGUUUCAACGAUUCGGAGCUAUCUCCAGUGCCAGAGAGCUGGAAAGGUGUUUGUGAGACCGGGCCUGAUUUUCCAGCGUGUAACCGAAAAAUCAUCGGAGCGAGAACUUUCCACAGAGGAUAUGAGAGCGCUCUUGGACGGCAGAUUGAUGAAUCGGAAGAGUCCAAAUCACCGAGAGACACAGAAGGGCAUGGAACUCAUACGGCUUCAACAGCAGCUGGAUCCGUGGUUCAAAACGCCAGUAUGUUUGAAUACGCAAAUGGAGAAGCGAGAGGCAUGGCGACAAAAGCUAGGAUUGCUGUGUACAAGAUAUGUUGGAACCAAGGCUGUUUGGACUCGGAUAUACUCGCAGCGAUGGAUCAAGCCGUUGCCGAUGGCGUUCAUGUCAUCUCACUAUCCGUUGGCGCCAAAGGCCUAGCUCCUAAGUACGAUCGCGACUCAAUCGCGAUUGGAGCGUUUGGAGCGAUGGAACAUGGUGUUAUCGUGUCUUGUUCCGUUGGAAACUCUGGCCCCAAACCUUUCACCGCCGUAAAUAUCGCGCCGUGGAUUUUAACAGUUGGUGCCUCCACCAUUGAUAGGGAGUUUCCUGCCGACGUGGUUCUCGGCAACGGUAGAAUCUUCAGAGGUGUGUCACUCUACACUGGGGAUCCACUCAAUGCCACUCAUCUCCCAUUAGUUUUAGCCGAUGAAUGUGGAAGCAGACUUUGCGUGGCUGGAAAACUCAAUCCCUCUCUAGUUUCUGGAAAAAUUGUUGUUUGUGAUCGUGGAGGCGGCAAGAGAGUAGAGAAGGGACGCGCCGUUAAACUCGCGGGUGGUGCCGGAAUGAUCCUUGCCAACACUAAGACUACAGGUGAAGAGCUUGUUGCCGACUCACAUCUAAUCCCGGCGACCAUGGUCGGUAAGACUGCCGGCGAUGAAAUCAAGCGAUAUGCAGACUCAAAAUCAUCUCCAACUGCAACCAUUGCCUUCCGAGGAACGGUAAUGGGAAAUUCUUUACUGGCCCCAAAGGUCGCCUCAUUCUCCAGUCGCGGUCCGAACCGGCUCACCCCAGAAAUUCUUAAACCGGAUGUCAUAGCCCCAGGUGUCAACAUUUUGGCCGGUUGGACCGGGUCCAAUUCUCCAACCGGUUUAGACAUGGACGAGAGACGAGUCGAGUUCAAUAUAAUUUCCGGCACGUCCAUGGCUUGUCCGCACGUGAGCGGAUUGGCUGCUUUGCUUCGCAAAGCUCACCCUGACUGGUCCCCAGCAGCCAUAAAAUCUGCGUUAAUGACAACAGCUUAUAAUUCGGACAAUUCUGGGAGCCAAAUUACCGAUCUUGCCAGCGGCAAUAAAUCAACACCGUUGAUUCAUGGGUCCGGCCACGUGAACCCCAUCGGAGCCCUCGAUCCAGGUUUGGUAUACGACAUUGGUCCCGACGACUACGUAACCUUCCUUUGCUCCGUUGGAUACUCUGAAAAUAUUGAAAUUUUUGUAAGAGACGGUACAAAGGUGAAUUGUGAUUCGCAGAAGAUGAAACCAGGCGAUCUGAAUUACCCAUCAUUCUCAGUGGUAUUCAACGCCGACAGUGCUGUAAUUAAACGCGGCGGGGUGGUGAAACACAAGAGGGUGGUUAGAAACGUUGGAAGUUCGAAGAAUGCAGUGUACUCAGUGAAGGUGAAUUCUCCGCCAUCCGUUAAAAUCAAUGUUUCACCGAGUAAGCUUGUGUUCACUGAAAAAAAUCAAGUGGCAUCGUAUGAGGUUACGUUCACAAGCGUCGGAGCUUCUCUCAUGACGGUGUUUGGGUCUAUAGAAUGGACCGAUGGGUCCCAUAGGGUGAGGAGCCCAGUGGCCGUCAGGUGGCAUAACGAUUUAGUGGCUUCGAUGUGAUUUUGAUAUUUGGGUCGGUAAUUUAAGGGUGUGACUUGUGAAUUUUUCUUCUUUCUCUUGAAAUGUUAGAUGUGAUAAAUCUUCUCAUGUAAGAAGCCUAUGCCGUACUUCAAAAGCUUCUUUUCACUGUUCGAUAGCUUAAGGAAAUACCAUUAUGACCUAUAAAAUAAUUGGCUUUCAUAGAA